ACUACACUCGUCUUGUUGGGCUGCAGCGCCAUCUUCUGCUACCCGUUCGCCAUCUCAGGUAGCAUGGACGAGUCUCUCGCUGGGCCGAGCUCGUCGGGGCAUGUCGAUGGUGCUGCAUCUUCGUCCACCACUUCCGCACCCUCACCUUCUCCUCUCCCACCUGAGAUUUGGUCCCUCGUAAUCUAUCACCUGGCGCGCUCCACGCCCCUCUAUCCAGACGUAGUUCCUUCGCUCUCAGCCCUCACUCGAGUCAACAAGGAGCUCUCCCACUUUGCUACUCCGUACCUAUACGCUCGCCCACGGCUGGAUCAGAGGUGGAAGGAGGUAGUCUUUUGGACUACCAUUCUAGCGCACCCAGAGAGGUGGUGGGACGUGCGGUCCUUCCUCUUGGGUGAGCGCCAGUGGGAUCCAUUCGGGGAAGAUAUGCCUAUGUGGAUAAGAGGAGGCAGAUCCGGCCGUCCACAGAGGCCUACACCGAAGCUAGAUCAGCUAGGUGAAGGUAUCGCAUCCGCCGGGAAGAGGCGGAGGGGAGGGGUACAAGACCAAGGUCUGGCAACGCAGGCUGCAUCUGGAUCAGCUGGCUCGAGCUCUACGUCCCCUUGGUCCAAGUAUCUCCCCUCUCCUCCCACUAAUCUGCAAUGGGCGCAGGCCUUCCAAGUCCCUCCUUCGUCCCUCUACCUACCCAUUGGGGCCGGGCCGGAUCCGCUGCUGCUCGAGGAAGUGGCCUGGUGGGAAAAGGGCAUGGUGGGCGGGCUCCUGAACGGUCAUGCCUAUUCGACUAGGCCAGUGGGCAAGUGGUGUGAGCAGGUGGAGCGCCAGAGGGAGGAAAGGAAAGUGAGAGAAAAGGCCAGAGAAGUCGAGGAUGUGGAUUUAGGUAGAGGGCCAGGCUCUCUUGCAGCCAGCGCUCGGACUGUGCCCGCAAGCGAAAGCCAGAGUGGGAGCAACAGUGGUGGAUCAGGGCGGAUAGCGCCGACGGACCUCAGCGAGGAGGAUGUUUGGGCUGCCGCGGAAGUCUUUGCAGCAAGCGCAACGGUGGUUGCCCCUCCAGCCGCAGAGAAGACCAGCACUACUAGCUCGUCUGACAGGACUGCUUCAAUAGCUCUCCCUUCUUCAGUGGACCAAACACAGAAAGCGGAGUCAGUCCCGAUCCCACCCUCCUCGGUUGCACCCGUCAGCAACUCUACCUUUGCGAACAAUGCCUGGGCCCUCCCCGCGACCUUCCCGAGUACACAAACUCGCCGCUUGCCUUGGCGGUACCGCCUGAUCACUGGCUCCCUCGACCCGACAUUACCCAAGCUCUUUCAUGCCCUCGACACCCUCACACACAUCGAGCUCACCCUCUACCCUGGCACUCUCCUCGACCACGAUCUUCUAGAGCACCAACUUCGUCUCCUCCUAGAUCCGGCGCAUAUGCCUUUACUCAGAGAGCUUCUCGUCUUUGUAGGUCACGAUGCCGUAUCAAGCGGCAGUCGACUCGCCAGACUUACCCAUGCAAAGACGGUCAAGUUGGCGGUGGAUAGAGUAGACGAUAGGAGAUGCAAGUGUAUCACUGCACGCAGGACAUUUGGGACGGCAGGCUGCAAGGGCAGUGAGAAGGAUGUCAAGAAGGACAUCAUCGAAGGAUGGCUGCAGGCUACACAAGGAGAGCACGAAAUCGUAUGCAGCGACGUAGACGAUGGGCAGGAGGAUCCUGUUGUAUCGGCUGGCACGCCUUGGAUCAAUGGCUGGCUAGCGCGGGAUGUGAACGGCACGAAUGACCCCAUUGAGGAGUAAUGGGCAGCUUUGAUGCGAUGCUUGUAAAUAUCGUGCCUCUUCACGCCUCUUGACGACCUCUGCCAAGCGUUAUAAUAGCAACCGCGUCUGUG